UCUUUGACGGGUUGGGAGCGAAGGGGGAGGAAUCUAAGAGGGGGGGAAGAAAAAAAUCACCAUGUUUUAAUCAUCAAAGCUAUUUUCGGAUCUUUCCCGCUGGCACUGUAGAUCUCGGAUCCCCUCACCUGCAUCGGUCACGACAUCUCUUACGAAAUCCAGUCAAAAUGGAAUCAGUAUGCAUUGCUGUUCUCUGCACUCUCCUGUGUUCAGUUUGGUCUGCAACUAUAAAAGCAAAAGAUGACCAUCGUACUGCCUUUUUUGGGGAGGAUAUUCAUAUCCCUUUGCCAACACUGAACACUACAGAGGUGGUGUUUAAACCUCGAAUGAACCCACUUUCUGAGAUAGAUUUCUUCCGGAAUGAGCAAAUACUGAACGCCAGAGCCAAGCUUAACAAAGAUAUACGCCAUUUAGUUCUGGAGGAUGUGGGUGAAGAGGAUGAGGGCACAUAUGUAGUGAGGAACUCUGCAGCACCAGCCGAUGUCACACGCAUCAUCCUGAUAGUUAGAGAUUGCGCCUUGGAGACAACUGUGAAGUAUGGUGAGACAUAUCAUAUCACAAUUAAUGACAUUAUUGGGCCUUACACCCUGGACUUCAGAUCCAGCACAAGUCACAUUAACCAGACAGUCGGGCCACCAGUUUUGGUUCUUCUAAACCAGAGCACAAUCCCUAUAGAGGGGUAUAGGAGCCGCCUCAGUGCAAAUGAGAAGAAGAUUAACCUCCAUUUGGUGACCGGAGCAGAUGAGGGUAGCUACACUGUACUAGACAGUGAUGGAAAAGUCAGAAAGAGGACCUGUCUGAAUGUUAAAGAGCACCAGAUUUUCAUGCACUUACAGUAUGAUGCAACUCUGAAGAUCAAGCUAUACAUAAACCACAGCAAGGUCAAUAUAGUCUACACUCCAGACUCUGACCACAAGGACCGGAUCAUUCUUGAUCAGGGUGAGCUGGUGGUGCCUUUGGACCCCUUGCUGGAUGGAAGAGUGUCCGUAGAGGGUUCCAUGUUCUACCUGAACAAGGUCAAAGUCAGUGACGUGGGCGUUUUCAGAGUGACUGACUUGACAGGUUUCCGCAUAGCCGAUGUCUAUGUGAAUGUGGAGCCCUACAAGCUGCCUCAGCUGUAUGUGGUGAUCCUCUCUUUGGUGGGUCUGCUGGUUUUCCUGCUGUUGGUGUGCCUGCUCUCCUGUCAGAUCAAGGUUCGGCAUCGGGCAGCAAGAGCCAAUAAGAUUGCCCUCAUUGCUCAGCAGGCUGGCAAGGGUGAUGGAGAAGCCUUCAGACAGGUGGUUCAUGAGGCCUAUACCAGAUUCACAGAGGAGUCCACUAUGCAAUCUAUAUUGGAGAACAACACUGAGAGCACAGAGGUUGAGAUCAAGGGACUCGAAGUGUCUAAACCAGGACGUUACCACACUAUUCCUUCAGAAAAGAACUUCCUGGAGAGUGACUCGGGUGCUGAAUAUAACUCCUUUGCACUCCCUUUGGACAAUGAUACUGAUGCACUUCAGACCUGUGUGCCCCACAAGCUGCUCAUUGACUCCGACAGCCUUGCCACCGCCCCCCGGACCAUCUCCAAGGGCAACCACAGUGCCACCCGCACCCCUGAUUCUGUUCUUAGUGCCAGCCCAGCUACUCAGCCCAGGUCUGAAGCCUAUGCAGAUGGCGACUUGAUGGGAUCCACCACCCCUGAAACGACCCUUAAAGCCCAUGAGCUAGAUGCUGUGCUACCUUCAGUCCCUGCGACCAGCCCAGUGCCAGAAACAAAACAAGAUGCCCCACUGCUCACUAAUAAAGCAGCCAAAUUGGAUCAAAGCAAUGGUGCAGAUGGUACCACAACCUGACAGUCUGUUCUCUGGCCAAAAGCAAUGCUCAGAAUAUUUACCUUCACUAACCAGUGUGAGCCUGACUAUUUCCUUCCCCACCCAUGCCACCAUAUUUAGAACAAACUGCUGCUUACAUUGCUAAGGCUUCUCAGUAACACUUCCUAUGCAUGGAGUCAUCUGAUUUUUCACAAUGCUUCGACAUAUAUUAGCAUUAAAGCCUAACCCUAGAACAAUAAGUUUUAGAGAAAAUAUUUGCUCCAAAAGGUGACAUGCUGCAUUAACUUUAAGAACUUUUUAGAAUAUGGAUCAUGUGAUCCUGCACAAUGCAUGCAUUUAAAAUAGCCCAGGAUUUUUAAUGGUUAAGAGUCAAAUACUAGUGUGGAAUGACAGUGUUGUGCAUGUUAGGCUGUCUGGAAAAACAGUCACACACUCAAAAGGAGAAUAUUUCUCUUUUUAUCUUUUCCUUACACCAUGGAGUUGAACCUUGAUGUUAAAUCUUAAAGCGACACAGUUCUAUGUUUUGUCACAAAAGUACCUAAACUGGGACAACACUCUAAAGCACUUCUGUGCUCUGGAAAUGGUAACCACAACAUUGAAAUUUUUCCUAUCCCAUUUGCUGUUGACAUUACUAUUUCUCACUUCAGGAAAAUGGCCAUUAUUGCCACUUCAAUGCAAAAAUGAUAUCUUUGCAAGUUAAAUUAGUGAGAUUGUUUUCUAUUUUGAGAUUGUUUUCAAAAUACUGUAGGGCUAUUUAACUUGUUUUUAGACAUUUUACUUGUUAUAAGUGAUUUCUUCAGAAUAAGUGUCUCAUUAUAUUGGCAGAUAAAUUUCAGCAUUGUUUCAUUAAACUAGUAUAAUUAUAUGUCAAUAAACAGACGAUUUCACUAGAUAAAAUUACUAACAGUAAAAAAUGUCUAAAUAGCUAGAAAUGUCUAUUCUUACAGCAAUCUCAGAAUGAGAAAUAUUAAGAUACAUUGACUGGAUUUUAGUAUUUUCACUUGCCAAUAUAUUUUUUGCAGUGCUUAGUUUGCUUACCUUAUAUACACAUCAGUUGAACUUACACAGAUAAAAGUUUUCUACAAUGAAUGCCUAAAAAAGUCAAAGAAACAAAAGCACUUAUUCAUUUUAAAAGGAUGACACACAGCUUAGUAACUUGAAAACCAGUGAUUGAAGUUUUGACUCUCGAUCUGUGAUUACAAUGUCUGUAUUACACAAACAUUGCACAUGAUAGAGCUUUGUGUUAAAAUAUAUUUAUUGAUUUAAGAUCUCUUUGUUGAUGACACUCUGAAGAAAGGAUCACCAGUCUUAUCCACAAAGGGCCAGGUUGGCAGCAGGCUUUCAUCCUAAUGAAGCAGAAGCAUGCCUUAUUCACCUUUUUUAAUCAGUUGGUCUCAGUCGUCAAACAACUGAAUAGUCACAUGAGGUGUUCUGACUGCUUGGUUUGAAUGAAAACUUGCUGAUAUACCAGCCCUCUGUGGAUAAGAUUGGUGACCCCUGCUCUAAUGGAAUAGAAGUUCAACUUCUCAGUACCAAAAAAACCUUCAUCAAUGUCUUUCUAGUUUUAUUUCAAUUGAUUGAUUGUUGCUUAUAGCAAAAAAGAGCCCCAGAGAAGCAGAACUGUGGAGUCCCUUUUUUGGCCUGCCUAAUGAAGAGCAGCUACAGAGAAUACAGGAGGAAUCUGCCAGAUUCUAACUGUUGGAAUCUCUCCUCUGUGCACUAUGCAUGUCUCCGUGGUCUGGGUUUUUGCUUCAGAUUUAUUUUUUUCAUCGUCAUCCUAUUGCUCCUUUCAUGUCCUGCAUUUAAAAGUGGAGAUACUGUGAGAACUUCUGAGUAUUGCAAGUUCACAACCAGAGCUGAAGUGCUUCUCAUGUUAUGACAACAUAUGUGCUGGAUCCUUUAUUUGGAACCUAAGAGACAUGACCUGCAUGAUAAGGACAGUUUUUAAUACAUGUUGUUCAUUGCUCUAGCAUGUGAAAGUUGGCAUCAAGAAAAGGAUAUAGAGGUUCUUCAUUUGAGGUACACUUUUGCAUAGAGAUGGAGAUGCAUAAUUUAUCUGUGUUAAAGAGUUUGGUGCUCUGUUGUGAUUAUAAAAAGCAUAUGCCUGAUCAGACUCUUUGGGGACAAGGGAAAAAAAUAAGGACAGCUGGGUUUCUCCAAAAUGUUUGCACUCUUAUUGCACUGUUAUUAUUCUAAACAAUUACUGGAAAAGAAGCAUGUCCUGUAAUUUAAAAAAGUUCAAUUAAGUCAGAUAUGAAAUUGAUUCUAGGGUUACCUUGCCCUUUGCUCAAUGAUAUACCUUCUAAUCUUAUUUCCCACAAAUAGUAAAUGAGAUGUUAUAUAAUAGUUAGCCAAGCUUGGAUGUUAUCUGCUACAUUUGUUGUGACUGUCACUGAAAAGUGGAAGAGAGUGUUUAAAACCCUUCAUUGCUCAGUCAUAAAAUAUGUUCGCUUUUUUUUUAGUUUGAAUUGGAACUAAACUGAACUCACUGAGAACUGUACAAUUUUUUUGGCCACCUAUACUAACAGCCAUUUCAUACAAGUGAACAUACAAUACGCCUCAGUGAAGUUAUGUAACUGACAUAAAAACUGGCAUCUAAAGUACAUUUUAAGUGUUGUCCAACUUAAACUCUUUUCCAGGCUACGUACACUAAUAAAAAAUAGCAUUUUCCACCGCAGAUUCAAAAACAAGAAAA